CAAUCAGCAAACAAACAAACGGAUGCAUGUACCGUUGGCUGUAUUUUCCAGACACAACACAACGGCUGCAAAGUGCGAAAAGCGAUAUUCGAGACUCGAAUGCAAUUUAGACGGUGAUGCAAUAAAUUUGAAAAAUUUAACGAAGUCAUGUGUCAAAGAAUCUUAAGUUAGCAUAGUAUAACGCCAUAUAACGCAUAAUAUAACGCCAGUAAAAAAAUCCAUAUCUCCUACCAAUUUUGAAAAAUACUCGAAAAUGCCGCUUCAAUGAAACAAUUCCAGCGACUUGUAAUGAGUGAUAGUGCCCUUAGACAACAUUUAGAGUAUUGUGAAUAAGCAGUAAUAUAAAUCUAUACAAAACUAUAUGCAUAAAACUAACGGAAAGUUUGUUUAAAUUCGUGUAAAGUGAGUUAUCCGUACUCCGUCGUAAAACUGAAAGGCUGUGACUAUAACAAAAUUAACAUUGAAGCGGGCGAUGGCAAGGUGCAACAGCAGAAACAGAACGCAGGACUAUCAUUUCAAUUAACAAUAACUGAACAGCAGGUCGCAACAAACCCCGAAAAACAACUGCAACAACUAAAUCAUCGGCAUUUUUUUUAAAUUUCUCUACACAUACGAUCGGCACUAUUCGCACGCAUAUACUGAUCAAAGUCAGUAUCAACAAUAAUUCUACAAUCAUAUUUAUACGCAUGGAAAUUUCGCACAAAGUUUUAAUCAACACAGGCAAUUUAACAACAACAACAUAGAUCGCUAUCAACAAUAUCCAAACAUUAAAAACGAAUUAUCUACAACAACAGCAAUUAUCCAUACGACGUCAAAAAGUAAUUCUACUGAAAAUGUUUGCCCUACAAUCGACACCUUCCAUAGGAUCUGUCUUAUCCUCAUGGUCAGGCACAGUGAUCGAUCGCAUACCGCCACUCGAUGACAUGCCGCACAAAGACAAUGUUAUCGCGAUGAGAAAUCUGCCAUGUUUGGGUGUUGGUGUCGGUAGUAGUGGCGGAGGCAGCGGCGGCAUCGGCGUCAGCAGUUUAAGCGGCGUUGGCGUCGGUGACAGCGAUGGAAUCGGCGGUGGUGUCGGCGUGCCUAAUACGGGCAAAACAGCUGCGGUUGUCGCCGCCGCUGCUGCUGCUGCUUCUCUAGAUGCAACAACUGUCAUUGAGGCGCCCUGCUUAAAGCCACACACAACGCCGUCAUAUUUCGCAACAACCUAUUACCACCUAAGUGACGAUGAGUGUCACAGCGGCGUAAACCAGCUAGGAGGCGUGUUUGUGGGCGGCCGGCCACUACCAGAUUCCACGCGGCAAAAAAUCGUCGAAUUGGCACAUUCAGGUGCGAGACCUUGUGACAUAUCGCGCAUACUGCAAGUUUCGAAUGGUUGCGUCAGUAAGAUUUUAGGCCGAUACUAUGAAACUGGCAGCAUACGCCCGAGAGCUAUCGGCGGGUCUAAGCCACGUGUUGCAACGACGGAGGUUGUGAGUAAAAUUUCUCUCUACAAACGCGAAUGCCCGAGCAUUUUUGCAUGGGAAAUACGUGACCGGUUGUUGCAGGAAGGCAUCUGCACCAAUGAUAAUAUACCAAGUGUUUCCUCCAUUAAUCGAGUACUGCGCAAUCUUGCAGCUCAAAAGGAACAACAGCACAGCUCACUUUUAACAAAUGGCAAUAGUAGCAAUGGCGGCAGCGUGAGCAACACUCCUGGUAAUCUUAGUGCAGGAAAUCUCUCUGGCAGUACCACAAGCAAUGGUUCAGUUAGCGGCUCUAGCGGUGGGAGUGGUGGUGGGGAUAUACAGUUACACACCAUCAACACACCACUGAACUCGGACGGCAGCGUAGGUAGUAGCAAAGUUGGUGGGGGCGUCGCCGGGGAUGGUGAUGGCACUGCUGUCAGUGGUAUCGUUACAGAGGUAGUCUCAGACGCUAUGUAUGACAAGUUACGUCUUCUGAAUAGCCAUCGUCAACAUGGCGGAACCGGCACGUUACAUUCGUUAUUAGCUCUGCCCCCACCAAGUACAGGGGCCCAUCACCAUCAGCAACAGCAACAUCACCAUCAUCUGCCACAUGCCCACCCGCAGUCUGAUUCUCACAUGUAUAUCUCAGCCGCAUCUCUACCGUCACAACUUCACGCCGCACAUCCGUUAACCCAUACUGAUCACCACCACCAACACCACGCUUUUACAAAUCACAGUUGGCCUCCUCGACACUACUCUACCUCGUGGUAUUCACCGCCACUAACGAGCGGCUCUGGCAUAAGUACAUGUGGUAGUGGCGCAAUCGCCAGUAGUACGAUCAACGGAAGCGGUGGCAGCAUCUCAUCGCCCACUGAAAUUUUAAGCUCGGCAUUUGCAUCGGGCGUGCAGCCGUUGAGUCCGCAUGGAUCCCUUAAUGAUAAUGGUGUUAAUGGAAUCGCGAGUAACUUUUCCGCAGCCCAACAAAUCGGCCGCCCAAGAAGCGAUGAAAUAAUGCCCAAAAAAG